UAGCUGGGUUCAGUUAUUUAAGCAGGACAGCCUGGGAGAAUGCAUCGUGUGAAAGACAGGGGCUGUGCUGCACCCUGUGUGCAAUCUUCGGGCAGUUGGUCUUUGGCUCGUCUUUGUAAGUGCGGUGACCAUGGCAUCCCAAGGCCAGGUGAUGUUCUGGAGCACUACCACAGUCAUUAUCAUCCUAGCUGCCGUGAUUGCCUUGAUCAUCGGGUUUGGUAUCUCAGGGAAGCGCUCCAUCAACGUUACCGCCUUGAUGUCGCCUGGGAACAUUGGCCAGAGUGGCCUCCUGGGCUGCACCUUUGAGCCUGAUAUCUGGAUGGGCAGCAUAGUGAUUCGAUGGGCAAAAGUUGGAGUGGCCGGAUUGGUUCAUGAGUUCAGAGGAGGGAAGGACCACCUGCAAGAACAAGAUGUGGUGUUUCAAGGCCGCACGGCCAUUUUUGCAGACCAGGUGAUGGGUGGAAAUGCUUCCCUGGAGCUGAGAGAGGUGCAGCUGUCCGAUGCUGGUACCUACAGGUGCUCCGUCACCACAUCCCGAGGGAGUGGAGCGGCAGUGCUGCGGUACCAGACGGGAGCCUUCAGCAUCCUCAGGGUCCACGUGCAGACCAGUAGCAGUGGGGACACACUGGGCUGCAAAGCGCCGCGCUGGUUCCCUCAGCCCACCGUGCGCUGGACGGCAUGCAGCAACGCUGGGAAGUGCCUGCCUCAUGCUGCCAACACCAGCUAUGAGCUGAACUCUGAGGACAUCACUGUGAAAGUGGUUUCCUUUCUGCGCGACAUUACAGCCAAUGCCACGUACACCUGUGUGAUUGAAAACAGCGUUGCCAAGGCUACAGGGAACAUCACAGUGACAGAUUUCAACAUUACAACAGAGACCAGCUUACAUGUCGUGAACCUGAACACGGAGUCAGUGUCUUCCUCCCUUCCAGCCUGUCACUGGAUGCUCCUGCUUCCCAUGUGUCUGCUGUCAAUAUAGACCAUCUGCAAAUGCUGUUGGACGAGGAGGUAAGCUUCAAAAGAGAAACUGAUAAGCAUACA